AGAAUUCAGAAUUUAAACUCAGAGCUUCUCUCUCACCUUUCCAGUUUCCACACACCCAUAUACACAUUUUCUAGAUUUCCCUCCAACAUUCUCACUUCUCAGAGAUGGAAACUCACUCGGUUUCCAAGCUCUUAGUCUUGUUCUUGUCGAUGGCAUUGUUCUUGGGUUCUGAGCUCAUCCACUGCACCACCGUCACCUACGACAAGAAGGCCAUUCUCAUCAAUGGCCAGAGAAGAUUGCUCAUUUCUGGAUCCAUUCAUUAUCCCAGAAGCACCCCUGAAAUGUGGGAAGGCCUCACAAAAGCAAAAGAUGGAGGCUUGGAUGUUAUCGACACCUACGUUUUCUGGAACGGACAUGAACCUUCUCCUGGCAAUUAUUAUUUUGAGGAGAGAUACGAUCUAGUAGGGUUCAUAAAGACAGUAGAGAAAGCAGGGCUCCUUCUUCAUCUGCGCAUUGGGCCUUAUGUUUGUGCAGAGUGGAAUUUUGGAGGAUUUCCUGUUUGGCUGAAAUAUGUACCCGGCAUCAGUUUCAGGACAGAUAAUGGGCCAUUUAAGAUGGCAAUGCAAGGGUUCACCCAGAAGAUUGUCCAGAUGAUGAAAGAUGAGAAGCUAUUUGCAUCACAAGGUGGUCCCAUCAUCCUUUCCCAGAUUGAGAAUGAGUAUGGACCGGAGAGCAAGGCAUUGGGAGCUGCUGGCCAUAACUACAUUAACUGGGCUGCUCAAAUGGCGGUUGGAUUGGAUACCGGAGUCCCAUGGGUGAUGUGCAAGGAAGACGAUGCCCCAGACCCUAUGAUAAAUGCAUGCAACGGUUUUUACUGUGAUGGAUUCACUCCCAACAAACCUUACAAGCCUGCCAUGUGGACGGAAGCUUGGAGCGGCUGGUUUACAGAAUUUGGUGGCACAAUUCACCAUCGACCUGUCCAAGAUUUAGCAUUCGCAGUUGGUCGAUUCAUACAGAAGGGUGGCUCAUAUGUGAAUUACUACAUGUAUCAUGGAGGAACAAACUUUGGACGAACAGCUGGAGGCCCCUUCAUUACAACCAGUUACGACUAUGAUGCUCCCAUUGAUGAAUAUGGUUUGAUCAGAGAACCUAAAUAUGGUCAUCUGAAGGAGCUUCACAAGGCUAUCAGGCUAUGUGAACAUUCUUUACUCUCUUCAGAGCCUACCGUCACUUCACUAGGAACCUAUCAUCAGGCUUAUGUAUUCAAUUCAGGACCAAAUAGAUGCGCAGCGUUUCUCUCAAACUUCCAUUCAACAGGAGCAAGAGUGACUUUCAAUAACUUGCACUAUGAUUUGCCUCCUUGGUCUGUUAGCAUCCUUCCUGAUUGCAGGAAUGAAGUAUUCAACACCGCAAAGGUGGGAGUUCAAACGUCACACGUGCAGAUGAUCCCGACGAACAGUCCGUUGUUUUCAUGGCAGACUUACGAUGAAGAUAUCUCUUCUCUAAACGAUGGGUCAAGCAUACCGGCUGUUGGACUUCUAGAGCAGAUAAAUGUUACUAGAGAUACUAGUGACUAUCUGUGGUACAUGACGAAUGUUGACAUCAGUUCAUCAGACCUCGGCAGAGGAAAAAAGCCUACUCUUACUGUGCAGUCAGCUGGUCAUGCCCUCCAUGUCUUCGUCAACGGACAGUAUUCAGGUUCGGCGUUUGGAACUAGGGAGCAGAGGCAAUUCACAUUUGCUGAACCAGUCAACCUCCGUGCUGGAAUAAACAGAAUUGCACUGCUCAGCAUAGCUGUUGGAUUACCAAAUGUUGGGUUGCAUUAUGAGUCAUGGAAAACAGGAAUCCAAGGUCCGGUUUUUCUGGAUGGUCUUGGCCACGGAAAGAAAGACUUAACGUCGCAGAAGUGGUUCUACAAGGUCGGCCUUAAGGGAGAAGAAAUGAAUUUAGUCUCUCUAAACGGAGCCUCAUCAGUUGAUUGGAUCCGGGGGUCACUAGCUACCCAAGCCAAGCAGAUGUUGAAAUGGUACAAGGCUUAUUUCAAUGCACCCGGAGGAAAUGAGCCAUUGGCGUUGGACAUGAGUAGCAUGGGAAAGGGACAAGUAUGGAUCAAUGGGCAGAGCAUCGGUAGAUACUGGAUGGCUUAUGCCAAAGGUGACUGCAGUUCGUGCAGUUACAUUGGGACAUUCCGUCCCACGGAAUGUCAACUUGGCUGUGGCCAACCAACUCAACAAUGGUAUCAUGUUCCUCGUUCAUGGUUAAAGCCGACGCAAAAUUUGGUGGUAGUGUUUGAGGAACUAGGCGGAGAUCCAUCGAAGAUUACCCUUGUGAAAAGAUCAGUGACCGGUGUUUGUGGUGACUUACAUGAGAACCACCCAAAUGUCGAAAAUUUUGAUGUUGAGGGCAAUGAAAAUUCUAAAACGCUUCACCAAGCACAGGUUCAUCUGCAGUGUGCACCGGGGCAGUCUAUCUCGAGCAUUAAGUUUGCAAGUUUCGGAACUCCUACUGGAACUUGUGGGAGUUUCCAGCAAGGAACGUGUCACGCGACAAACUCACACGCCGUGGUGGAGAAGAAUUGUAUCAGCCGCGAGAGUUGCUCGGUUGCUGUAACCAAUAGCAUUUUCAAGACAGAUCCAUGUCCGAAUGUACUCAAACGGCUAUCAGUUGAAGCUGUUUGUUCGACGGAAAUUACAACCAAUCAACCCAAUUCAAGGAGAUGAAGACAUCGCACGAGGAGAAAAACUUCAAAACACAGAUAACAGAAUAUGCACACCAUGCAAGCUAUGAAGCAAAAGAAUCAAGACAGAUAAAGGCAUUAAGGUGUUUGGUUUCACAAUUUGAUAGGGCACAGUAGUUUGCUAGUACAGGCGAAGUGCUUUUGCUUUUGCCUUAAGUAGUUUGUUGUUCAAGUACAGGCAAGUGCUUUUGCCUUUAAGUAGUUUGUUAGGUACAGAAGUGCUUUUGCCUUUAAGUAGUUUGUUAGGUACAGGCAAGUGCUUUUGCCUUUAGUUUGGUUUAUGGCUCCCCCAUUCCCCAGUAUAUGGGCAAUCCCGACACUUAACAAGAAUUCGAAAUUAUGUCAAUGCAAAUACGAAAGUUUCCAAUU